AUGGAAAUAACAUAUGAGUCGUAUUGUCUUGAUCGAAUUGGUUUUUCAGUUGUAUGUGCUGUUGGUAUGGAUAUAAUAACUUUUCAAUCCAAAAGGUUUGGUCGUGUGUCUGUCUGUUCAGGGAAGACCCCAUAUAAACGCUUAGUUGUGUUGUUACACGGUAAAGCUUUUUUUGUGAGAGACCCUGAAGCUAUUUCAUUUUUAAAUGAUCAGGGUAAAUAUGGACAUAAGAUGGGUGAGAGACAGAAUAAUGUUAACCCUGAUGUAUUUUCCGACCAGCCUGAAUCUGUGCGAGAAUACUGGAGCAGUAAAACUCCAAGCGUUUGUAGUUUGGAGCUCAGUUUUGAAGAAGUUUUUUAUUUAUACUUCAAGAAGAAUUGGAUUGUUGUGUAUGAACAAAGCAAUGCGUUAACGGCAGAAGAUUUAUGGAAUGUGUUCACGAGAGAAAACAGAUCGAAGUUGGUUGAAAAGUUAGUUGUGUAUAGUCAACUUCGAGAUUUUGGAUGGUGUGUCCGUUCCGGUUUAACGUAUGGGUGUCAAUACUUGGUUUACAAGGAGUGUCCCAGCAAUUACCAUGCUUCUGCUGGAGUUUUCAUUAAGAAUGCAACAGAACCUAAUCAUCUCGUAUCUUUAACCAGGGCUUUGACGAACGUCAAAAAGGCUUUGAUUAUUGCGACCAUAACAUUUCCCACUGGUUUCAAUCUUCUAACAAUUGAUGAUUUGAAAAAUAUCAAUGUUGAAUUCUUAACAGCAAAUACAUUCUUCCCGGAGAGGCUCGAAAAUCGAGAAACAUUGUAA